CGAUCAACAUCAACAAAUUUAAUUUAAUAUAUAAAUAAACAAAAGAUUUUCGAAUCAUAGCACAGAAAAACGUUACUUCACUCUCUGCUUUUUACAAGAGAAAGGAAAGCAAAACAGCACAGACACAGACACAGAGUGGAGUGAGUGAGGCUCAGCUACCAUCACCACCGUGCUUCCUCCACACAGACACAGUCACUCCGCCGCAUCUUUAUACCUGUUGCGGCUUCAGUUUUGGAAACUAACCUCUUUCAGGAAAUGGGCUAUACUAAUUCGGUCUUGCAUGUUCGAAUCUUUGUCAUCUCCAUGGUGAUUCUUACAGGGACUUUCUGUCUUGGAGAGACAGACCCGGUUGACGUUGCAGCAAUCAGUAGUCUAUAUGUUGCUCUGGGCUCACCACCUCUUCUAGGGUGGAAGGCAGUGGGAGGAGACCCGUGUUUGGAACUGUGGCAAGGAGUGGCUUGUGUCUUCUCCAACAUUACUGCCAUACGGCUUGGAGGCAUGAAUUUGGGUGGAGAGCUGGGCACUAAUUUGGAUUUUCCAUCCAUCAUAGAAAUUGAUCUUAGUGACAACCAUAUUGGAGGGGCCAUUCCAUUCACUUUGCCUCCUACUCUGAGGAGCUUGUAUGUUUUCUUUAUUAUCUCUAAAUUCAUGUUUUUCUUGUUAUAUUUACUAUUUAGUGAAACGCCAGUUGCUGGACCUAUAUGCAAAAGUAUACUUAACCAGGUUUUUUGGUACUUAAUAUGCAGGUCUCUUUCAAAAAAUCUGUUAAAUGGAAGCAUUCCAGAUGCCUUUUCCUUACUAACCCAGUUAUCAAAUUUGGGUUUGGCGAGUAACAACUUGAGUGGUCAACUACCUUCCUCAAUGGGGAGUUUAUCAUCUCUUACCGCAUUAGAGUUGCAGAACAAUCAACUUUCUGGAACCCUUAAUAUUUUGCAAGACCUUCCUAUACAGAAUCUGGAUAUAGAGAAUAAUUUGUUCUUUGGGCCAAUUCCUCCAAAAUUGUUGACUAUCCCGACUUUCAGAAAAGAUGGGAAUCCGUUUAAUACAACUAUUAUUCCAUCACCUCCUGCUGCAGCCCCUUCACUGGUAGAUAUGGCUCCAUCCCCUGAAGGAUCACCUUGGAAUGGGGCAAAUAGUCCUUUUUCCCUGACAGCACCAAUUCAUGCUAGUUCUAAGAAGUCUUUCAUAGCUAAGAAUGUCAUUUGGAUUGCUGCGGCAGGUUUCUCGAUAUUUAUUGCAUUGGGAAUAUGUCUUUUUAUGUUGCUGUGCUUCAAGAGAAGGCCAGAAAAGAAAAACUCUAAGAAACUUGAUGUGGGUGUUUAUGUGAAGCCUUUGAGUAAACCUACAUGCAGUGACACAGUUUCUGAAGUAACUGAUCCAGAAGAGAAAGGGCAGGGUUAUGGGCUUUCACACCUGCAGCCACCACCACAUUCUCUCCCAACCAUUCCUUGUGAGAAGGUCAUCAUCAAUCCGGCUAUAACUACCAAAGUAACCAAUGGACAAGUUAUGACAAGUUCUAUCAAAGUGUAUACUGUUGCAUCACUUCAGCAAUAUACAAAUAGCUUUGCCCAGGAAAAUUGUAUUGGGGAAGGCACACUUGGGUCUGUUUAUAGGGCUGAGCUCCCUGAUGGAAAGCUAUUGGCAGUGAAGAAACUGAACGCUACUGCUUCCAUGGACCAGAAUGAUGAACAAUUUCUUCAAUUGGUAUCCAGCAUCUCAAAAAUUCAGCAUGCUAAUAUUGCAAAGCUUGUCGGCUACUGUGCUGAGUAUGGCCAAAGACUCCUUGUAUAUGAGUAUUACAGUAAUGGGACCCUACAUGAUGCUCUGCAUGGGGAUGAUGAACACUGUAUCAAACUUCCAUGGAAUGCACGCAUUAGGGCCGCACUUGGAGCUGCAAGAGCUUUAGAGUAUCUGCAUGAGAGCUUUCGGCCGCCUAUUGUGCAUCGGAAUUUCAGAUCCGCUAAUGUUCUCCUGAAUGAAAAGUUGGAAGUAUUCGUUUCUGAUUGUGGAUUGGGUCCUUUACUAUCUUCUGGCUCUGCUGGUCAGUUAUCAGGACGCCUCCUCACAUCUUAUGGUUACAGUGCUCCGGAAUUUGAGUCUGGAAGUUAUACACAGCAAAGUGAUGUCUUCAGUUUUGGAGUCAUAAUGCUAGAACUCCUCACUGGAAGAAAAUCCUAUGACAGGUCACUGCCUCGUGGGGAGCAAUUUUUGGUCAGAUGGGCAGUUCCUAAACUUCACGACAUCGAUGCAUUGUCAAGAAUGGUUGAUCCUUGCUUAAACGGAGCCUAUCCUAUGAAGUCCUUGUCGCGUUUUGCGGAUAUUGUUUCUUCAUGUAUACAGCGUGAACCUGAAUUCCGUCCAGCUAUGUCUGAAAUUGUUCAAGAUCUGUUGCUAAUGCUGUAAGAGGACAUGUAAGAUGAAACUGCCUUUGCCUAGUGGAGCCAAAAGCGGAGUUUGGUUCCCAGAUUUUCCUUAGUUUAACCUAUCAAUUCUUUCUUUCAUUUAAUUUGAUUGGUUUUUUAUGCAUGUGGAAAUGCUGCAUACUAAUGUAAUUGAGCUAGCAUAUAGUGCUCUGCCGAAAAUUUUAUCAUUUAGGGUUCAUAUUUUUAUAUGUGUGUUUGUGUGGGUGUGUUAUUUAUUGAUAAGAAGAUAUCUUGGGCUCGGAUUAAUAAUUUUCAAUACA